AUGGACAAAGAAGAUCUCAAGAACUAUGGCCCAGUUUCUAACAUCCGCUACCUGUCCAAAGUCAUUGAAACGGUAGUCUGCUCCCGAAUCACCCAAUACCUGGACGACCACAAGCUACUCGACCCAUUGCAGUCAGCAUACAGAGUUGGUCACAGCACCGAGACAGCUCUGUUCAGGGUACACAACGACAUCCUUCGCAUAAUAGUCAUCAGCAGAGCCGUUUUUUUAGUAAUGAUCGACCUCUCUGCUGCUUUCGACACCCUUGACCACGAUAUCCUACUGCAACGCUCUCGUGAUCAAUCGGGUUCGCUGGAACUCCUCUUCAGUGGUUCUCGUCCUACUUUACAAGAAGAAUACAUUGGGUCCAUGUUGCAAGUGCCAACUCUGAUGUCCAUCACCUUGAGUUCAGUGUCCCUCAAGGAUAUGUUUUCGGCCUUCGUAAAUUCACCAUACACAUUAGAUCUCCUCAGCAAACCAAAGCGUGAAGGUCUUCGAUCUCAAUCCAAUCUGGUGGUACCUCGAUCCUCAAAGAAGUUUUGA